GCCCCGUCAGUGCGUUUAGUCAGUGUGGCGCGAGCGUAGCAUCAGGACGGCGACUGCGUGCGCUGCGUAAGAGCGGUGGUGCGAGAGCAUCGCGUGUAUGUGUGUGCGUGUCAGACCUCAUACUGAGUUUGUGGGCGUGUCCAUAACCCACUUACGAAGCCCCGCCCAUCAGAAAGAGAGUAAACGCCCCAGAGGCGUGACUUUGUAAUUGUCCGGAGGCUGAGAAGCUGUACCGCAGUUUUUUCCAGUCUAGAGGUGAGGGUCCGUCAUCGAGUGCAAGAAGGGAGUGAGCGAGGUGCUGCUGCCGUGUUCCCACUCUGCUGCUUGGAACGCCAUACGCCGGGAGCAGCUGGCCAGACGCGGGUUGGGCCAUUGUUACGGGGCGAACUCCUUAACUAGUCAGGUUGUACCUCCCGCUAAGCCGCGAGUCCCAGUGAAACUCCCGAGCAGCGUCCCUCCUCCCAUGCUCCUCCGACCUGCUCGUUAGCUCCCCUCCUCCUCCAGCCUCCGCCCUCGCUAGAAACCACACUUUUCUCUCCUGGGGCGUCCACAGACGCUUUUGUAGAACUGCCAAAAGCUCCCCCAGCCCGCCCGUCACCCAGGCAGUCUUCUCGGGACCCCUGUGCGUACCCCCAAGUGGUGUGUGUUCUUGAGAUCACGGCGAGGGCGUAAACUUCCUUGUCGAGGCCACGUAGCAGCAGCAGCAGCAUCGGGACGGUCCACAGAGCCCUCCCGCCCCCUCAGCUAGCAGUGUCCCCGCCCCCUCCACCCCUGCGGGAGCUCCGACAGCCACGCUACCUCUCGCCGUGUUGUGCCCACUACCUCACCCACCGUCCGGGCCGACCCAAGUACGAUCGACUCACUCACGCUCCUCAGCCCACUUGUGGCGAGCCCCUCGGCCGCCGACGUCCGGAGCCACGGCCAAGAUGCUUCUUUCCGAGCUGAUCAGCGUCCAGAACGUGGCGCACGUCUACGAGGAGAUCACGGAGCGCAAGGACAGGGGCAGAUCAAAAGCCUCCGCCGCCCACACGCCUACGACCUUCGCCGGACCGUCGUACCCAGAGCACGGUAAGUUGAACGUGGUGGAGGCGCUGCAGGAGUUCUGGCAGAUGAAAGCCCAGCGCGGGGCGGAGCUGAAGAACGGCGCCCUGGUCAUCUACGAGUCCGUGCCUUCAUCCUCCCCGCCCUACGUGUGUUACGUCACCCUCCCCGGGGGGUCUUGCUUCGGCUCCUUCCAGAACUGCCCAACCAAGGCCGAAGCCAGACGCAGCGCCGCCAAGAUUGCGCUGAUGAACUCCGUGUUCAACGAGCACCCGUCCCGCAGGAUCUCCGACGAGUUCAUCGAGAAGGCCGUGGCCGACGCUCGGGCACAGUUCAAGCACGUAGCUGACUUGUCCCUCCCCCAGGGUGACCCCGACGAGGCUGACAACCCGAGUACGGGAAUCGGUGCUUUCCGCUUCAUGCUCGAGACCAACAAGGGGCGCACGAUGCUCGAGUUCCAGGAGCUGAUGACUGUGUUCCAGCUCCUGCACUGGAAUGGCUCCCUGAAGGCCAUGCGAGAGAGGCAGUGCUCCAGGCAGGAGGUGGUGGCCCACUACUCGCACCGCGCGCUCGACGACGACAUGCGCUCGCAGAUGGCGCUCGACUGGAUCGCCCGCGAGCAGGAGAACCCCGGCGUGAUCUCCCGCGAGCUCGGCCAGAGCGAACGCGAGCUCGAGGCCGCUCGCUUGGCGGGCCGAGAGCUCCGCUUCCCCAAGGAGAAGAAGGAUAUUUUAAUGCUAGCGUGCUCGCAGCUGUCACCUUCGCCCCUGGACCCAUAAUGGUCGGGUCCGGGCACAGGCGCUACCGUGAUAUUAGCACCAAGGUGUAGAGGUUUAUGCUUUCAUCUCUGCAAAAUCAAAGCUAAUUUACUUUUUAUUGUUGUAAAGAUUAUGUUUUGUACUGUUUUCUUGUGUGUGUGUUUGUAUAUAAUGUAAAUAAUCAUUCCAAAGAAUUUUAUUAUGUAAUUAUAAUAAUGUUAAGCUUUUGUGGGGUGCACCGGUGAGCCCCACAUUAAAAUACGCACCCCCAGGAUGUUGCCCUUGGGAGGUCGCCUUGAGAGGUCACCCUCAGGUCAUCCUGAGUUCUUCCUAUGGGGAUCAUUCCAAGCAAUCAGUCCUUGGCAGUUACUUCUUCCGAGUCAUCAGCGAGGAGGCCAGAAGUCCGUGAAGGAUUUUCUUGGAGCAAAUGUGUCGCAGGACUUCAAGAAGAACGUAGCUCGUUAGCUUGAGAGAUCCUGCACAUGAAACGUGCUUCUUGGAAAUCCGCCUUAAAGGAAGUCCUCUGAGGAUUGAUGAUUAAGGAUAUCAGAUAGAAAUGGGCACUUUACCCCUGAAAGUUACUUUAAGAAGCUGUCACUGGUGAGUCUCGUGAAGUUCUGAAGUGAACUGAGUUGUCCUUAGUAUGUCACCCUUGGGAGGCUUUUGUAUUUAAGGACAUCCGCGAACAGGUACCGUUACUGUUUAAUAUUACGCCAAGGAGCCUUUCUUUGGAAGCUACCCUCAAGAAGUUGCCAGUGACGAAACGCCUCUUUUGGAGUCUGUACUUAACAUGGAAGGUUGCUUCUGGUCAAUCAAUCCCAUGAGGUUACUUAAGAACGUGACGGAAUUUUCCCUUGCUGGAUUCUUUUCCUAGAAGGUGAUGUCCGAGGGUGAACCUUAGGAGGUCACUACGCUGUUUGGUCGAGCCAGGUACUGGUUACUGCGCAGAGACUAUGCUGAGCACAUCCACUAACCAGUUUCCUCUCACAUAGUAGAAAGAUGUUCAUUCCAGGAACUGCUUGACUGCCAAUGUUCACACUACCUCCAUCUUCUAUACACUAGUUUUGCUGCCCAUGAAGAUUUUAUUCUCAGAACCUCGGAGGUUUAACAUCUUGUACGGCACUGAUUAUUUUCUCUGAAAGGAAAGGUCAGUAGUUCGUGAGGAUUAGAGCAAGUGUAGGAAGCUAGUGAUAGAAAUAUGGGCGAAAAGUACAGUGUAUAACAUAAAGGCAUGCAUAGCAAGUCCCUGGCUUGAAAGACAACCUCUACAGUAAUGAAACUCUUGCACCACGCUUUUAACAAUACCACCGAGCACCCUCUUAUGUCAGUGCAGCGCGUGCUGAUGGCGCUAUAGGUGGUGGUGUCCAGCAAAUCGUCACAGUGACUCAAGUUGUAAAACUGCAAUAGCAAUAGCAACGAGAGCAGCGUAGCACCAGGCGCAACAUCAGCAUAAAUCAGCAGUCACACCCCACGACAGUGCCUCCAGUCUCUGCAGCAAGCACCAGGAUUUGGCAAACUGUACAAGAUCUCAUUUGCUGAAACGUGUUAGGAGACUGAUGCGUUAUGUGCUGACGUUUUUUUGUUUAGAAUGAAAAACAAUUGUGUAGCCUCUCUAACUUCGACGCAGUUUGCUUCUUACGUACAGUUUUGUAUACAUUGCUUGGGAAGAUAUUGGUAUUUUAUAACUUUUUACUGCAUUAACAGAUGGGGUGCCUAUGCUCUAGUUGCUUGACACCUACUCUAUACUAUGACACUUCUGCAAAAAAAAAAAAAAACAAAUGUGGCUGACAAUAAAACAAACAAAUGAAGAAAUUCUUCUUCUCUGACCUGAUAUAGAAAAUUAAGAGACAAAAUAUAUCGACAUUCAAUCACCUUAAAAGAUCUGUUCGUAGGGAUACCACUGUCCCACUUGCAUGGCAACAGUACGUAACAAGCACUGUUGUCGCAGUUCUUGGAGAGUUGUGCACAUCUGUAUGUGAUGCUACUUGAAUUUAAAGUACUAUUGUUCUCUCCCUAAGUGAUAUGAGAGACAAGUGGCACCUUGUAAACUUACUUCUUUUCUCAUAGUUUGUGAUGUCUCGUACGUAACGUAAUGUAAGUUCUCCCAAUGCUUUACAUUCCCAUGAUUUUUUAUAUAUAUGUAAUUGUAGUGUGAACUGAUUUCUUUUUUAUGUUUGUUGAUUUAGAUCCUUAGCAAGUCUGAGAGUGCAAUGCACCUUGUGGCUACAGACUGUGCAAUAUGAAUGAAGUGUUUGUGCAAUGGUGUUUGUUGAGCAUACUGGCCUGGAGAGAUGAAGAUGCAAACAGGAAUUUUCUUUACAAUAAUCAGGAAAAAACUGAAUGAUUUCCCACUCACCAAUUUUCAUAUCAAUAGUGUUUUGCAGUUGCUGUGACCAAGCCUCAGUGCCAAAUAAUCUGUGCCAAUCCCAGUGCCAAGUUUUUGGCUAUAUACUUUGCUUAAAGAAUUUUCCAGUGCCAAAAAUAGAGGAAAGAAAUAAUGCAAUACUCUAGUUACUCCAGGCUGGUGGAGGACCCUAAGACAAUCCUUCUGUCGACAGUUUUGCUAUCAGACACUGGGCUUAGAAUGAGAGAAGUAAGGUGAGGAAGAUGUGUUAGACAAAAUAUGUAACUUGUGAUUGUGAAAGACUGUGUAUGGCCCAAACUAAUUUGAAAAAAAUAAAAGUGAAGAAACCAUAAUGUUUUUAUACUGCUUUGUGAAGUGGAAGAUUUAAACCCACGUGACAGGACGGAUAGGAUAUUCCUGAAGCGUUACUGAUCUCUAAUAACGAACCCAUGAAGCAUGACGCUAACUUCAGUCUCGAAACAUUGAGUGGACUGGAUUCUAAAAUAAAUAAUAAUGAUGCACACAUUUCUUCAUGGCACUUCAUUCUAAAAAUGAUUGCAGUCUUCUAAAACAAACGAUGUAUUAACUAAAAAUAGUUCCAGAACAUGAUCAGAGGUCCGUAAAUCUUCAGUUGCAAAUCUUCCAGUGACAAGCCUCUUUUUGCUGUUAACCCCUUCUCCUCGAGGCAAAAUGGUGACUAUCUUUUGCUACAUAAUGUGAAGAAUUUUUGAUUUUUUUUUUAAUGUCCCCUUUUCAGUUGGUUUUCGUCUUUUUAGUUAUCAAUGCUAGUCUGGUAUUGUAAUUUGUCUCAUAUUUAUGAUUAUAUUGAUGAUAAUUCUAAUUAGUAUAUUUUAAUUAUCUUAAGUUAAAAGAUAAAACUUCAUGCAACAGACCGUAACGAAAAAAGUGUAAUAAAGCAACUAACAAACGAGUGGGAGAAAUACACCGUCUUCCAUUUUAACUUCAGUGUACAAUAGGUUCUAAUACUAGUGUGCUUGGCCAAUGGUUUCCAUUAUUAAAUCUGCUGUGAUGCUGGAGGAUUGUUUUCCCCCGAAAAUUUCUCAAAGGAUUCUCAAAGGCAAUAGUUAUUACUCCGUCGUUCAACCUUCGAAAAUCAGGCCCGGAAUUGUUCAAAACAAAUAAAACAAUAAUAAUCAGCGUAUUAUAUGUACAAUAUGGCCACUUCUUGACAAAUGUUGGUUAAUUCCUUACAGUUCACGUUCUUUUAUAAGUUAUUUAUACUAUAUAUGACUGAUGCAGGAUGUCAAGUUAUUUUAUACAUUAUAAUUAUUAUUGUGGUUUUAUCUAGGUAUUAGUAUUUGGUUGAUAGUGCGCAAUAAAGAUAGUAUCUAACGAUUAUUGAAUACUCUUUGUCAUAACUUCCACUUUUGUAUCCCUCUACAUUGAUGAAAUGUGGUCAAAGAUAAUAAGUAUUUAGUAACCAUUAUACAGUCUGGCUUGAUGGACUAGGAUCCCAUCACCCUUUGUAUUGGGUAAUAUUAGUUAGGUGGUCGCCGCUCUUUCGUUGUUCAAACCCACCUACUGUUAGUUCAAUCGGCGCUCGUGAGAUGCGAGAGAGAGGCACCCGUUCCGUCUCGUUUUGUUAUAUGCUACUGCCUCUUUGUCCUCUCGGGUUACAGAUUAUGCACCAGUGUAUUGUCAUGUAUGAUACUGUAAAUACUCGUUUGCGGACUCUCAGUUUGUAGAAAUGGAAUCAUAAAUGAUAUUGGAUUAGGUUUCGAGGAGUUGAUGUGAAAAAUGCCAUUUUGAUGUUCUUUCAGCUAUUGGAGUAUCUGCGUAAUUUUUUUUUUAUUUUCUGCGUUAUGGAAGUAUUGUGUAAUGGUAAAUUAUUAAAUGAUAAUUAUAUGAUUCUUAAAGCAAACGAUGAAAGCCUGUAAAGAGACCAAGUAUAUCAGUGUGUCAGUCUACAUAUAUAGGCACAUGCAUACACAGCCACAUUUACACUUUCAUACGUAUACACAGACACGUACACAUAGAUAUAGCACGUAGGCACACCGGUACUUAUAUACAUACACUGGCAACUGCUCAGACACGCGGACACACACACACACACACACACACACACACACACACACACACACACACACACACACACACACACACACACACACACACA